AUGGCGACUUCGGAGGGAGGUCAAGCGUUAAGUGCAGUCCCCUGGGACCAACGGCUGCGGUCGGAGGCCCAGUGGAGGGUUUGGAUAAGCCACAUCGAGUCUGCGGCAACGGCGGAGGAGGUCUGGGAAUACAUGGACCCCGAUCUGUCAGAUGAGAAGGUCAGCAAGCCGCCAGUGGACUCGAGAAAGACAUUCCCUCAAGCAAGCGAGGUCAAAGAGGGCGCUACAGACCCGUCAGAUCUCGAUGAGGUUCAAUAUCUCCGGUUCAGCCGCAUGGUAUCUCUCUUUGAGAAGGAAAGGACCUUCAACAACUCUAUCAAGAAGAGUAUCGCCCGAAUCAACGCCCGUAUCCUCGACUGUGUGUCCCCCGAAUAUCACCAUAUCCUCUCUGAUAAGAAGACUGCAAGAGAGAAGCUAGUGAGACUAGCUCAGCAGUUCAAACCGAAAGGAGAGACUCGACACCAAGAUCUCCGUAACGCAUGGCGCUAUAUGCUUCAUACCCCGAUAGGCAAGACGUCGAUUGAACGAUGGUUGACUAAUUGGUCGAAUCUGUAUGAUGAAGCAAAGUCAGCAGAAGUGCCUGAUAUCUGUUACCGCAGCACCGCUCAUCCAGAGGACCGUACUGCUAUCAGAGACUUCCUCCAAGCUGUUCAACCUCAAGAUAGCUACUUCAGUAACCACUGGAGGGAUAAGAUUCAGCUUCCUGAAGUCAAGAUGAGCUUUCAUGAGGUUCUCUCAGCGUAUCGAACUCAUCGGAGCGUUCAGGAACAGUCGAAGAAAGGUAAUUCGAGCGCGAUUGCGUUUGCAGCGACGUUGAACGGUCAACAGGUCUUAUCAAAUCAGAAGAACCAUCAGCAACGCUGCGUAUGCGGGAGUUCAAGGCACCAUUGGAAGGACUGCUACCAUAUCAACGCAUCAAAGAGACCACCAGGCUGGCAGCAGUACGAGGGAUCUCGUAAGAGAGUGGAAGAUGGUAUCAAGAAGCUAAGCGCUGUGGAACAACAGGAGAUCGCGAAGAUGAGAAGUGAAACGUCGUCGCUAGGAAAGACCGCUCAGUUAGCAAUCACAAACGAGAGCGACGUACCAAUUGAAUCAAUGGCCUUCUUCUCCGCCAGCAUCUCCCCUGCUGUGUGUAACGCUGCAAUGGUAUUCCCGUUGAAAAGCAGCUGGAUUGUGGACUCAGGAGCCAACGUUCACAUCUGCAACCGCCGAGAUCGCUUCGAAGACCUCGUGGAAGAGCGUCGUACCGUCACUCUCGGCACUGGAGGAACUAUCACACUCGGUAGAGGCACUGCGAAAGUCAUCAUCAAGAAUCCAACCACCGGCAAGAUUCUCUGGGGUAUCUUACAAGACGUUUGGUACGCACCAGACUUCCAGACGAACGUUAUCUCAGUCUCUGAGAUCAAGAAGAACGGCUUCUUCUUCAAUAGCGAGCUGCCAGCGAUCACUAGAGACGGAAAAGCGGUUGCAAUAUGCGGGGAGCAAGACAUUCUUGCGGCUAUGCCUUGGUCAGUAGGUGAAUAUGAAGAGGAGAGAGUGGUGACCGGCCUAGAAGAACUCACAUUGACCUCACCCGUGACCGAGCGUCGAGAAGAGGACAGGAAGAUUGAGCAGGGUGCCUCAAAAGCUAGCAAGCAGCAGACAUGGCAUUCUCCUGCUCCUGUCCUGGUAACGCCAUCACCGACUAUCUCACGUGAUUCAACGCCAGUAGCGGCGCCAGCAGGCUCAUUACCAGGAGCCUUCCCGGAGGAGAGACGAGUCAUAGGGCCUCCAGUCUCCUCUAAUCACCUCGAAGCUGAGGGGGUGAGAGAACUGAAUCAACUAGGAGAACCUGAUCAACAGCUUCAGGGUGAUCUUCAAGCAGUAGUAUCAACUCCAGCGACCCCAGACGUCUCUGAAUCAACCGUGCCAGUAGGAUAUCGUCGUCGCGGUUCUCUCGCACCAAGGGAUAUCAAUGCAUCAAUCUCUGAGAGCAAUAUCGUGACAAGACCUGGAAGACUAUCAUGA